AUGACGCGACCACGGAAAUCCAGUAAUCUCGGUGCAGAUAUCAGAGGAGAUACCGGAGCCCCGGCCAUGUCAACCAUGAAUUCUUUCACUUCCCCUGAGCCUCCUUCGGCGCGGCAAACACAGCGUGGAGCGUCCGAGAAGAGCGGAAAAUCACACUCGAAGCGACGUCGGGCGCGGUCCUUCUUCCGACGAUGGAAAGACAUCUCCCUCAAACACACCUGGCUGACACCGCUCGUCCUAAUCCUCAUCAUCCUCGCCGUAUACAUAGUGAACCCGACGGAAUCCAACCCAGCCCAUGCCGCUAUCCUCCUCUCAUACCCGAACUCCCCUGAAACCCCCGAUGGACCCAUCAUGUACGGCAAGGGCAAAAAGGAUCUGGCCUUCGUCGGCUUCUACACGAUCGUUCUGUCAUUCACGCGCGAAUUCAUCAUGCAGCGCAUCAUUCGGCCGUGGGGUGUAUACUGCGGGAUCAAGGGCAAGGGCAAGAUGGCGCGCUUCAUGGAGCAGGUGUACACGGCGAUCUAUUUUGCGUUUUUCGGCCCGUUUGGGCUCUACGUCAUGAGCAAGACGGAUCUCUGGUACUUUAACACGACGGCGAUGUUUGAAGGGUUCCCGCAUAAGAUGCACACGGCGGAUUUCAAGGCGUACUACCUGCUCGAGGCGAGUUACUGGGCGCAGCAGGCGAUUGUGCUGCUUCUGAUGCUGGAGAAGCCCAGGAAGGAUUUCAGGGAGCUGGUCGCGCAUCAUAUUAUUACCCUGGCGCUUAUUGGGCUCAGUUACCGCUUCCAUUUCACUCAUAUUGGCUUGGCCGUGUAUAUCACUCAUGAUGUUUCGGACUUCUUCAUUGCGACCUCCAAAACUCUCAAUUACCUGGACUCCGCCAUCAUCGGCCCAUACUUCCUUACCUUCAUCUGCAUCUGGAUAUACAUGCGCCAUUACCUCAAUCUCCGCAUCCUCUGGGCCGUUCUCACUGAAUUUCAAACCGUCGGGCCCUUCGAGCUCAAUUGGGAAACCCAACAGUAUAAAUGCCGUCUUAGUCAAGUUAUUACCUUUGGCCUGCUAAGCGCACUCCAAGCCAUCAACCUACUGUGGCUGUUCCUGAUCCUCCGCAUCGCGAAGAACUACGUCCUCAGCGAUGUGAAGAAGGACGAACGGAGUGACGAUGAGGACGAGGAGGAGCUGGAGGAACAGUCCACGCCUCCCAAAGAUGCUCAAAUUGGAGACAAAAUUGCUGCAACUGGAGCUGGAGAUGGAGCUGUCAGCUCGGCUAUGACGAAUAAGAAUGGCACCGCUGUCGCGGAGGGAGUACGUGUUACGAGGAGGACGGCGAAGCAGAAGGAGAACGAUGCGGCUAAUGGAGAUUCGUCGCAAUUAUAA